CCAUCAUUCCUUCGUUUUUUCUCCUGAAGGUAUCGGCCUUCCCAAGCACACACGCUUACUGCCGUCUAUCGACUGCUCCUUUCAGCCUCCUAGAUCGUCCUCUUCACUGGACUCCACAUGAAGACAAUACGCCACCCAGCCUUGUGGGCUGUGAUCGUCUGGGUCAUUUUAUCUCCCUUUGCGGUAGCCCAAAGCCGGAAUAUCACCCAAACGGAGGCACCGCCAACAGAAUCUCAUCAGUCGGGCUGGCGGGAUGGACCCAAGGAGCGUGGUACGCUCGCUCUAAUAUGGUCCUGUCUAACAACAAUACUCGCCUGCACCUGGACGAUAUUACAUCUCAACGUUCCCUCCAUAAAAGAUACAACGUGGAAGAAAGUGAAACGAAAAAUAAAAUGGAUGGCUAUUACUAUCCUGUUUCCUGAGUUUAUCUUUUCCAAGGCCAUGUGCGAGCUGCGGACAGCCGUGGAAGAUUUGCGGACGAUGUCCAACACGGAAGACCUUGGAGGAUGGAACGUCGCGUUUGGGCGGGGGGUGAGGCUAUUGUGGCAAUUCUUCAACUUUUUCAACAAAGCUGACGACGGCGAUGGCAAAUCGGAGACGUCAGCGCAAGAAGUAUCUGGCGAAGCUGUGAACAGCCAAUCCGCUUACUCACUGCAAAGGUCGAGCGAAUCAACGGGCGAAUCCGUGGACAGUCAAUCCACUUACUACACCAGUUUGGCCGAAAAGAGGCGCACCUGGACUUUGACGCAUUCCUAUUUCGCCAAUAUGGGUGGGCUUGUCUGGCUAACAGACUCCUAUUCCCGCCCGGUCACCGCCAGCGACAUGGUAGAUUGCUGCCUCAAGGAAAUGCACGACCCACUUCCAUUUCUCCAGCUCUCUGUCGACGAAAUACGGGAUAGAUCAAAGGCAGAUUGGCUAGUCAAGACUGUUGCUGCCGGCCAGAUAUCGUGGCUCGUAGUUUCAGUCAUUACGAGGGCUGUACGGCGGUUGCCCGUAACUCAACUCGAAAUAUGCACAGUGGCUUUUGCAGCUCUAGUUAUUGUGACGUAUGCCGCCAAUUGGUCUAAGCCGAAGGAUGUUGAGCUACCGGUGCUCGUUCCAGUACCAGAUGGGCUACGAAACGAGCUCGAAACAGUAUGCACUGCAUGGUCACUGGAAACCGAGAACUUGGAAGCCUUUUUUGUACGCUUGCUAUUGCCGUCAUCCCCUGAAAACGGCGCUGUCCACAGGAUCGGUAACGAUACUAUGAAGAAAACCCAAACUAAUAUGCUGGUUAUUUCGUACUGGCUCACAAUAUCGACUAUGGCGUUCGGUGGCCUCCACUGCGCAGCUUGGGGAACCGAGUUUCCAACGAAUAUUGAGAAAGUGGUCUGGAUAUCUGCCAGCGCCCUCUCUGCCAUCAUCCCUCUGAUAAAUUUGAUCUCGAAUGCCUUUCUCGUGGGGUAGCUGAAAAGAGCUCUUCAAAGACGUCAUCAAGAGCUCAAGAUCGAGCUGAAAAAGAAGAGGGCGCAGGUCGACCGAUCUAGGUAUGAUGAUCCGGGCUCUAAU